CAUUCUCACCACUAUCAUCCUGACCUGACGGAACAAGACAGACAGCAGCUAAUUGUUUUUUAUCUUGUCAGCCAUUUUUGCAGCUGUCAGUGGUAACUUACAACAGAUAUUGAAGCUGAAGUAGAUAAAAAAAAGAUAAAGUUAAUGUUGCUGUCAAUCAUCCGCGUGUCAAACACAGCAGGGAAACGUGAUAAAGUAAAAAAAUGCUAUGAAUGAAAAAAAAAGUGCUGAGAUCCAUUGAUGGAGAGGUUGCGUUAUUUUAACAAAUCUGGGUCAGUUUACGUCUAAUGAUUCACUUACAUGUUCAGGCCUUGGCCCAUAUUCAUCCUCUACACAAACCUCAAAGUUGACCAUCGUCUACAGGAUUAUUUGUUUGUCUGGUUUCCAGCAUAACGGGUCAUGAGUUCAACCUUGAUCUCAGAUUAGAGGAGACUAGUGGCCCAUAGUCAUCAUGUAUGUUUUAAUUAAUUAAUUAGUUUACCAAAUCUUUGUUGGGUUUGUUCUAAUAAAACUAUUCUAAACAAACAGUUAGAAUAGUGUGCUUACGGCUGUGAUAGAAGCUACGAUGUAAUUAGUUCUCUUUAUGCUAAGCUAAACUUCAUUCAUUCAUGUUUGUGAUACUUUGAAUGUUACCCUUAACUUAGCUAAUCCCCUUAGCAGCAAAGCAAAUCUUUAGCACGUCAUGUAGCACAGCAGGUUAUGAAGUGCCAGGAUCGGCGAUUAGCGCAAUGUUCCCUUAAAUGGGAUCAGGACUGCUAUAAAAACACAACAUUAUCCCAUCAGAACCCACCCUCCUGUGAACACAACUAGUAAUUGUAGCUGUCAAUCAACCCCGGGGGCGGGGUUUAAGGUUUAAAGGUUCCCAAUACAGACACUGUUUAUUCUGAAGUUAAAUCAGUGACACAGGGAGGACAUGGAAUCCUCAACAGAACUCAGGUCUAGCGUGUGUGUGUGUCUCUGUGUGUGUUUGUUUGAGAGAGAGAGAGAGAGAGCACAGAUCAAUAUUAUUUAUUUUUUCUAUUUUAAACUUUAACCUGCAGCAGCUGAGGUCGACCUAAUCUGUUUUUCUCCUACACUCCUGUAAUCUGCUCCUGUCUGCACAUACACACACACACACACAAUCUCUCAAUCACACACACAUACACAUACAACCACACAUAGUGUGACUUUCUGUGCGUUUCAAGUUGAGUAAAAUCCACUGAUUAAAGUGCUCUUCAAAGGCAAAACUUGGUUCAAUAAAUUAAUAAAAUAUCCAACUUAGAGUUAAAGAAAAGUAAUCUGCUGUUGUUCUUACCUUUGCAGAGCACCAGGACUCCCAGCAGAACCAGCAGACCGUGAAGCAGCAUCUUUCCUAUGUCCACAAGAGUUAAAGACUGAAGGGAGAAGAGGAGAAGGAGGUUAGAGUUUCCAUCAUGAGCAGCCAAGCUGCAGCCAGACACUUGGAGAGCAGUCAAUGAAAACCUGCUGCCAGUGACUGAAGGGACGGAAAAGAAAACAUCUGAUUUUAGUAAGAGCUUGUGGAUAAAUGUAUCGGCUCCCGGAUUCACAUUGUCAUGAAAACCGACAAAGAAAUCGUCGGGACUCUGCUGGGAUUUGAUGACUUUGUCAAUAUGGUUUUGGAAGAUGUGACAGAGUUUGAAAUCACACCAGAGGGGAGAAGGAUAACCAAGCUGGACCAGAUCCUCCUCAAUGGCAACAACAUCACAAUGCUAAUUCCUGGUGGGGAAGGUCCUGAAGUCUGAGUCACUGAAGCACUGUGUUGCUCUUGUUUUUUUCCUUUUUUUUAGUUGAUUACAUUACUAUUGUUGUUCAAGUUCCUCAUCUUGUUAUUUAGAAGGAUGUUUUUUUUUUGGAAAGUUGUUUUUGUUCAUUUUUAAUUAAGCAAUGUGGAUUUUUCUAAGGUAUCUUGUAAAGAAACUGUUUUGUUAUAAACAAACCAUUGAAUCUCA